UUCAAAUAAAAUACAUUAUUUUUAUAACUACUGAUAUUAAAAAUAUUAUUAUGAUUAUCUUAAAUAGAUGCAGGAUUGAUCCAUGGAUUCUCAAAACAAAGUAACAAAUAUUGGAAAUAAGACAUUUACUUUUUCUCAAUAGUCAAUAAUUGUUAACUUACAGCUGCUCUGUCUAAAGAAGUUACUUGAAAGUAACUGUAACUGUGGAAACUAGACAAAGUACUUGGUGAAAUUUUGUGUUUUUCAAUGUAACAAAGCAGAUUUAAUAAAAUAUUACAUGGUAAGGAACCAUUUUCUGUCUGUCGGCUGAACUCAGCUGGUCGUUACGUUUAUUUUCCGUCUGAAGUGCACGAGAGACGCAGCGCAAGUCACAAAAUGUACGGCACAAAAAAGAGAAACUGCACCUUUAGUUUUGAUAGAAGUAAAUAAAAAAGAGGAAAGUAACAGAGGAAAUGCACAUGUGCUUUUAUUUCUAUAGAGAUUGUCUCAUUGACUUGAAUGGAGCUGCACUGAUAAAGAACAAAACGGUUCCAUGAUGCUGAAUUUUACUCAGGUUUGUGCAUUAAUUAAAUUUCCUCUUCAGAAGGUCACAAAGCUGUAAAAAGCUGAUGAACAUCUGGAAUAAAUGAACAAAUGUUCCUUAUAUUGGUAACUAAAUACGUCAACAAUAAGAUGCCGUCCUUCUAGACUCUUUUCAUGUUUUCAUCUUUUGGUUUUUCCCCAGAUGUGAAAUUGUGAGAUUCUGUAUUUACUCAGUUUUGUAAUUUGCGGUUCUGAUCUGUGCUGGGGAGGGAAAGAAACCACUCGUGAACUGGGUCACUCCGAGUCAGGCUGACCUCUUUUCUGCAAACUUCCUCCCAGCUCUGACUCUUGUAAAAAAACAAACCCAUCUCACCUUCAGACCUUCUGCAGACCACAACUGGGACGUCCUGGUCUGAUGCCUCCAUGCUCUUUACCAGCAGAACCAACCUUUUCAAACACCGAAACGUCUGGCAAAACAAGAUGAACAUCUCCAAUGACUCCACUGCUCCUCCCUAUGAAUAUGAUGACAAUUAUUACGACCAUUCUGGUUAUGAACCGUGUUCUUUCAGUAACAACAACAGUUUGAACGUUGUGGCUGGUCCUUACAUUCACUCCAUCAUCUGCAUCCUGGGCUUGGUGGGGAACAGCCUGGUCAUCCUCACCUAUGCCCUCUACAAGAGAACCAAAUCCAUGACUGACGUCUACCUGCUCAAUGUGGCCAUCGCUGACCUGCUGUUCGUGCUGGCUCUACCUUUCAUCGUCUACAACGAGCUGUACUCUUGGCCGAUGGGGCAGGUGGCCUGUAAGCUGCUGCGUGGUUCCUACAGCGUCAACCUGUACAGCGGCAUGCUAAUGUUAGCCUGCAUCAGCACCGACCGCUACAUCGCCAUCGUCCAGGCUCGCCGAAGCUUCAGGUUACGUUCGGUGUCAAACAGCCACAUUAUCUGUUUCCUGAUCUGGAUCUUUGCCUUACUGGUGUCUGUUCCCACUUUAUAUUUCCACCAUUGGUACGAACCAUCACAUAAUGAGAUCACCUGGUUCAACAGUACCGAACAGGAAGAGCCAACAGAUCCACAGUACGUCUGUGAGUUGAAAUUUGAUGACAGCAACACUGCUAGCAUAGUGAAGGUUGCUGUUCCCAGCACCCAACUGGCCAUUGGCUUCUUCCUGCCGCUAUUCAUCAUGAUCUUCUGCUACACUUCAGUCAUCAUCACCCUGCAGAAAGCUAAAAACUUCCAGCGACACAAAGCGGUCCGAGUGGUGAUGGUGGUGGUGCUGGUCUUCAUCGUCUGCCACUUGCCUUACAACCUGGCCCUGUUCUAUAAGACAGCCAAUUUGUUCAAACACAGCGAUUGUGACGAGGAGGACUCACUGCACAUGGCGAUGUCUGUGCUGCAGAUGGUCGCCUACCUGCACUGCUGCCUGAACCCGCUGCUGUACGCCUUCAUCGGAGUGAAGUUCAGGAACCACUUCAGGAGGAUCUUCCGUGACCUGUGGUGUUUGGGUAAGAGGUACAUCGACCCGCGCCGUUUCUCCAGGGUCACUUCGGACACCUUCAUGUCCACAAUUCGUCGCUCGGUGGAUAGCUCCAGUGAAAACGGCACGUCUUUUACCAUGUGAUCAGAUUGAGGCCUGCAGGUCUCUAAAAUUCAAACUUGAGUCUUGUUUUUUACUCUAAAGCAAAUUUUAGCCACAAUGUGAUGAAUUUAGACAGAGAAAACAGAACAUGACAAACUCCUUAGGUUUGUUGUGUUGAUUGUUGCUCUGCUGCCGUUAGGAUCCUGGCAUAUUAGGCAUAAUGAUGUCUAAAGGUAAAACUAACCAAAUUUAAUUGGAAAGAAGAAGAAAAGUCAAGAUUUUCUUCUGUCUGCAGGAGUUUGGUUAAAAAGAGAAAAAUGUCCUGACAGCUGAUUCCUGGUGUCUGUUUGUGGUUCAGUCUUUGAUGCACCAACUUUGAUUCUCAAUGUUUCUAUUUAGGAUAAAUUUGGACAAGACAAAAAAUUGUUCUGGAUUUUCCUGUGGUUUGAGACGAUGGUUUGUGUCCACCACCUUGUUAAAAGGCAAUGUUAAACAUUUUAUGUGACAAAUAUCUGUAGCUUGUUGGAAAACCAAUAAAUUAGAUACAAUACAUUAUUUUUCUCAUCUUAAACUAAUACUUUGUUCAAACACCUUUAGGUCAAAGUUCAGCGUUUCUGUAGGAGUUUAUCUGCAUCUUGACUUAUCUUUUUUAAAAAGUCAAAUCUUUUUAUCUGUGAGGCCAUCCACUGCAUUUCUGGAUUACCCCAGAAAUUUAGUUCUAGACUUUGACUAGGACUGCAGUCUGAAACCUUUGCAUCCAUAGAGCCACUUUUAUCCUCAGGUUAUCUAAAUAAACUCAUUAAAAAAGAAAGCAAAUGAUGAUUUAUGAUGAACAUUUCCAGGAAGGUGUCAUUUAUAAAGAAGCACUUUUAUAUUUCUGUAAUAAGGAUUCACAUAAAAUAUAAACAGAGGAUGUUUCGCUGAUAUUUGUGAAAAGUUAUUUAAAAAGCAGGUAAUUUCCCACUUAAUGAGAAAAUACGGAUCUAAAAAUAAUAUUUCUGGUACUUUGGUUUCAUUCUUUAGUGGAGAUUCAAUGUAAUUAUUCCUUGGAAAGUUGGAAAAACUCUGAAACCUCCAUUUUAUAAUCUGUAUAUUGUUAUAUUGAACAAUAUUAGUUAUUUAGACUAAGUUAAGAAUCGUUGUGGUUCAUUGCUGCAGAUUCUCAGGUAAAGAACUUUAACUUCGUUUUGUUAAUUUCCAAAUACGAUUGGAUUCACUAUGACACAGAACCACCGAGGUAACCCCACAGCCUGAUGCUGCCACCACCAUGCUCCACUGGGGAGUUGUGACCCAAAAGUCCAGAUUUUCAGAUCAGAACAGAGCACAUCCUUGUAAGGUUUAGGGUUACAGAUUUAGCCUCUAAAACUGUUACAUUUUUCAAACUCUUUGGAAAAUGUUAAUCAAAAUACAAAUUGUAGUUAAAUGUUUUUUACUGACUUGGAGAUUUUUUUCCGUUUUUUUUUUUUGUACAUUUUUUGGACUCGUGUAACCUGAGGAUGUUAAAUAUAGAGACGUUAUUUCUCAGAAGGAAGCAGCUCUAGUUGUUUUUUAUCUCCUUCGAUCUUCCAGCUUUUCUCAAACUUAAUCAGCUUUUAAGGAUUAAACUCUGAAACCUUUGCCAGCUUUGAGGCUUUUAUUUUGAUGCUUUGAGCUGAAAGAGUCUUCCUGUCAUACUUUAAGCAACGUUAAUGUGUGUGAAUGUUGUGGCUGAUGUAAAAUCUGUAUUUUGGGGUAUUUUUGUGUCAAAAUAAAUAUUUUUUUUUUAACAUAAA